CUGGUUCAUGUUCGUCCAGCUCGCUGGUUCAGUUCCUGAGACGCGACCGGCUCGUUCUCCGGAUCUCACCGGCCUCAUGGGGCGUUUCUACUCAGACAGACUGACCUAAGGAGCUGGAGCCGGGGAACCGUCACCGUGGCGACCUGGACCGGAGUACAACACCGCCUCGCGCCCGGUUUCCGGUCGAUCCUUUCGGUUCAUGAGCGUGAUGAUUGGAGCAUUCACGGACCAUCCGUGAAAGGUGCUGCCUUUCCUUGUUACGCAGUGCGCCUCAGCCCGUCUGAUCCUGAACCGAGGGACCGCCAAAAACCUGUGAAAAAGAAAGCUAAAAGCUGCAUUAAAUAUUUAAAUAAUGAACGAACUUCUGUCCCAUUCAUUUAGUUAUUUUGGUUGAGUUUUGUAAAUCUGGAUGGAUUAAUCUUCCGUAAAAUGUAAAGCUGCUUUACAGUCACAUAGUGUCAAAGCUCAUUUAAGGAUAAUUAAAAGUAGAUAGAAACCGCUUUUGUUCGAUUUCACGAAUGUAAAUUCUAAUCUAUCUUAUUGUCUAACUGAAACGAUUCAUGUGGAUUCAGGUAAUGUGGUAAUAUCUGAUGUUUGAGCUCAAACAGAGUUUAAAGUUGAGAUUUCCGGAUCAUCUUUAACGCUUCAGCGUGACUUCUUUCUACCAUCGCGAUACUUGAACCCACCAGCUUCGCGAUCUUGAGCGAUAUUUCCGUCCAAACAGAGAUGGCGUCUCCCUGAACGUACAUGUGGCUCCACUGACCCAAAAACUCGUUCAGCGCUAAGUUAACUGAAUAUUUUGGACCGGAGACAGCAGGCAGACUCUGCGGAGGAGCCGGGAGAAAGGAAAGAUGCAGCACGACGACGUCAUCUGGGACAUCAUCGGAAACAAACAGUUCUGCUCCUUCAAAGUCAAGACCAAGAGCCAGAACUUCUGCAGGAAUGAGUUCAACAUCACGGGGCUGUGCAACCGCUCGUCCUGCCCGCUGGCCAACAGCCAGUACGCCACCGUACGGGAGGAGAAAGGCCAGUGUUUCCUCUACAUGAAGGUGAUCGAGAGGGCGGCCUUCCCGGCCAGGAUGUGGGAGAAGGUGAAGCUGAGCAGGAACUACGAGGCGGCCCUGGAGCAGAUUGACCAGCAGCUGCUGUACUGGCCUCGCUUCCUGCGCCACAAGUGCAAGCAGCGCUUCACCAAGAUCACCCAGUACCUCAUCCGCAUGCGCAAGCUGGAGAAAGCUCUGAUCGCGGCUCAGCUGGACAACGCCAUCGAGAAGGAGCUGCUGGAACGCCUCAAGCAGGGAACGUACGGAGACAUCUACAACUUCCCCGUGCACGCCUUCGACCGGGCACUGGAGCAGCAGGACGAGGAGAGCGAGUCCGAGGAGGAGGAGGAGGAGGAGGAAGAGGAGGUGAGCAGGCCGACCCCCCCGGGCGCCCUCUGCCCCCCCCCCUUUGGGCACCACCCCCCUGACAGCCUCUGUUUGCAGGACGUGGGGCGGAGGGAGUUCAUAGCUGAGGAGGAGCUGGAGGAGAGCGAGAUGAGUGACCUGGAGGACCUGAACGAGCUGAAGACCAGCAGCGAUGAAGAGGAGGCCUCCAGUGAGGAAGAGGAGCAGGAGGAAGAGCAGCCGGGGACCUCCAGGGCCGGGGGGGCGGCCCGGAAGAGGCGGGCCUACGUGGAGAUCGAGUACGAGACGGAGACGGAGCCCGCCCCCAAGAGCAGGAGCACGUAGCGCCGUCGCCACGGC